AUGUCAGGUCUGCCUGCCGUGUGCCCCUCCCCUUCAACAGGGAUGUGGGCCGGCAUAUUCGUCCCACCUACCCCUUCCUCUUCACCCUCGGAUGACCACACUGCUGCACUACCCUUGACGCCCCACAAUGUGCUCUACCUACGCUGUUUGCCCCUCCCCUUCAACAAGGGAUGUGAGCCGGCUUCUGCUCGGUUCCAUGUCCCUCGCCACAUCUGCCAGCCUCCUGAAUUGCCAGCCUCGGCCAUGUGGGACCAGGAUGCCCAUCCCUGUCGCCUCUGCCAUCUCACCAACCCCGCUCUUGUCCUCUUGACAUCGCCAUUUGCUGUCUCUGCGACAUGCCAAAUGUGA